UUGCAAGAUAGUGAUAUAGAGGAUGAAUCAGACGCUGAAGACCCGAGGAAUAAAGAGGCGGACGUUCGUCAAUGGCUGGAGGAGACCGCCGAUACCGUGCCCCCGAAGGAGCACGAUGCCCACGCGUUCCCGAAGGAACUUAUGGAAACUCCCGAAAAAGAGUGUAUCCAAACGCAGUCGUCGGCAGCGGUCAAGCCAGACCAACAACCCGCCGGAACUAAAGACCUGGCAGAAGCGAUUAUACGGGCUAUACAAUCCGUACCGAAAGGAGGGGCUUCGGUGCCAUCUUAUGUAACGGAGUUACCCUUUUUCGACAGAUCUCGUGAAGACAUCUCAUACGCUUUGAAAAACAGUGAAGAACCCGAACAAAGAAGAACCGCGCUUUCAAGAUAG